UUAUUUAUUGGGUGUGAGGAGGAAGGAAGACCGCAGAGAUGGCGGAGCAGGUGGAGCUGAAGGUUGAGAAGAUGAUCCCGGAGUUGGAGGAGAUGGAGAGGAUAGGAUUGUUGUCCGAUGUGGAAGUCAGAAAACUAAUUCAGAAAAGGAAGAACUUCGAAUACCGGCUGGCUCGGCGAACCAAAGGCAAAGCAGAAAUCAUCAACUAUGUUAAUUAUGAAAAAAAAUUACUUGAACUGUUGAAACUCCGAAGAAAGCAACUGCAUAUGAAUGAGAAGAAAGAUUCAAUUGACAAUGCCAUUGCAAAGCGCUGCAUAGAAAACCUGAUGACCCUUACUAGGACGUGGCCUCGACACCUUGACACUUGGGCGCUGAGGAUACAAUUUGCAGAGUUUCUUGGCUGGAAGGAAGAGGUAUGCAGGACGUACUAUGCCCAGACGAAGUUCCAUGCAGAGAAAGUAGAUGUAUGGGUUGCCUGGGCAAAAUACGAACUGGAAUGGAAGAGCAAUUUUGAUGGCGCAAGGAAGAUUCUUGUUUCUGGGGCUUCCCAACAUCAUCCAAAGUCUAUCCAGCUAAAGAGAGAGCUUUUUAGACUGGAACUGCUUUACGUGGAGGCUCUGCGCAAGAAGAAAAAGGAAGACAACAUUGCCGGCUUAGAAGAAAUUAUUGCCAAGAAUCGUAAAAAGAUCUUGGAGGGUGCCGUUGCUGAGGUGAUUUACAAAAAUGCGGUGAAGAGUAUACCAGAACCAGAGAUGUAUAUGCAGCUUUACCAAGUGGCCAGUAAAUUUAAAUUUGCUCAGAUGUUGAGAGAGAAGAUAUUCAGAGACCUUUGUGCCGCGUUCCCCCACGCUGAGUGUGUGUACAAGAUAAGAGCCAUACGGGUUGUGACAGGCCUUCCAGACAUGCCCCUCAAGAAGAAGAAUAAGAAAAAGAAGAAAAAGGCCAAUGUAGAAGUAGACAUUCCAGAGGAAAAAGAUGAAAAGACUGAGGAAGAGGAAAGUUCAAAGGAAGAGGAAGAGGAAAGUUCAAAGGAAGAGGAAGAGGAAAACUCAAAGGAAGAGGAAAAUUCAAAGGAAGAAGAAAAUUCAAAGGAAGAAGAAAAUUCAAAGGAAGAAGAAAGUUCAAAGGAAGAGGAAGAGGAAAACUCAGAGGAGGAAGAAAGUUCAAAGGAAGAGGAAAGCUCAAAGGAAGAAGAGAGUGAUUCAGAAGAGGAGACGGAAGCUAAAGAAAAUGAAAAUGUGGAGAUGAAAGAAGGGCUUGAUGUUGAAGAAUCAGGUGGUGAAGCUUUUGGAGAGGAAUCUGUGGAGGCAGGAGCAGAUGAUGAUGUCAAGACGGAACCAGACAGCAUAAAGUUGGACGUUGACGUUGGGAAUUCCCUGAAGCUUGAGAAAGAAGAGCCAGCCUUUGUUUCGCAUCAGAAAAUGAAACCAGUGAAUAAGUUGGAUGUUAUCCUGUCAAUGUUUGACAUGGCCCUGGAAAACAUUGGAGGAGGUUUUCGCCAACAGCUACAUAGAGGAGCUCUUGCCCUUGCUGUACCAGUGCUGGGGUCUCGAUGACAUGACUGAUGUAAUAUACAAAAAGAUUAUGGACAUUUGCUCGUCACAGAAACAAAACUUGUCUGCUUUGAACUUCUACGUUUGGUAUCUAGUUGCAAAGGAGCAGUCCUGCCCUCAUAGCGAGCAGUGUAACAUUCUGAGAAGUGGCGUAGCGCAGCACCCUAAAGCCACACACCUGCAAUUGGAGCUGAUGAAGUGCAUAAUGCAAGGGUCUGAGGACGAGGACGAAGUGCUGGAAGAUUUUGAUAAGAUUGCAAGUGAUGUGAGAGGAAAGUGUGGCCUUGAAUUAUGGGAAGAAAUUGCUAGACAUAUUACAGACAAGGAGAAGAAAUCCGCAAUAUUUUCCCGUGCUUCGGAUCAUAGCAGUGCCACUGUUGCACAGGGCAUGAGAAUCAAGCACCUGCAGCACAUUGCAUCAGAAAAAGGAUUACCAGAGGCAAGGAAACUGUACCAGAAACUGAACUGGACCCCUCCACUCUGCGACAAGUUUCAUGCCAGUAUGGUAGAGCUGGAGUUGUCUCAAGAGGCUGCGGAUGUCAAGAAGAUCAGGGGGGUUUUCACGGCAGCUGUGCAACAGUUUGGGAAAAAACAUCCAGGUUUAUGGUUAGCCUACAUCCAGUUUGAGAAGCGCCACGGAGAUCCAGUACUUAUUGGUGGUCUGGUCACCAAGGCAGAAGAUGAAUUGGAAGUCCACGAAGCCCAGAUUUUCAGGGAGUUGCUUAUGGUUGUACGAGAGCUUCAGGGAGAGGAAAAAGGCAAGAAAAAGAGAAAAAACACACUGAUUGAAGAAAGUAAAAUCAAAGAAUAUGGGGAGGAUGAAGACACAGGGCCGGGGCGACAAGCUCUGGUGAAGCUUUUCGACGAGGACCUUGUGUUGACCUACACCACCAAUCAGAAAAAAGAGGGUUUCUUCUCCCUCGUCCGCAGCAUGAGGAGGCAGACUGAGCAAGGCAAUGAGGAGCAAGCACAGGAAGAUGGAAGCGAGUGGGAGCGAGUUCUGCAGAUGCUCACUGGCCACAAGGUGGUGCUCACAGUUCGACAGGUGAAGGCUGUGCGCUCAAAGGAGGGGAGGAAGAAGAAUGACUCUGAGGACAAGACUUUGAAGUAUCGGAAAAGUUGUGUUUUGAGUGACGAGCUGCAGGUGGGAGAAUUACAGGGGAAGGAUGAAGAUCAACUGCAGAAGGUGCUGGAGAGCUCGCAGACUCUACAGCCAGAGUUCAUGAAGCAGAAGAAGGUGGCUCCUUACCACCUUUCCAAGUAUGCAAAGAAGAAGCAGAGGAAGGCUGAGCGAGGGAAGACCAAGGGAGCUGGGUGGUUUGACAUGAAGGCUCCUGAGAUGACAGAAGAAAUACAGCGGGAUCUGGAGCUCCUUAAGAUGCGUUCUGUCCUGGAUCCAAAGAGGCAUUACAAGAAUAAUGAUAUGAAGGUUUUGCCCAAACAUUUCCACAUUGGCACUGUUGUGGAUUCUCCUGUAGAUUUCUAUGCUUCUCGCAUUCCAAAGAAAAGCCGCAAGAGAACACUGGCGGAAGAGAUCUUGAGCAAUGAAGAAAGUCUAAGGUUCCAGAAACGGAAGUAUGAAGAAAUAGUGGUAGGCAAGCAGAAGCAACGAAAGCGCCCCAACACUGAGAAUAACAGAGACAUGUUUAGAGGCAUAAAUAGAGAUAAGAAAAAUGCUAAAAGGAAAAGGAAAUGAUAUCUAAGGGCAGGAUAUUUUAUGAAGAGUAUAGGGGAGAAAAGGAAAAGGAAAUAGAUAAUGAUUUAUAUCCUUGUUACACUCGGAAAACUGUAAGGAAUCUUUUAAUAAAUUGUUUGAUUAGAA